AGCUGUGUUUUAUACCUGUUGCUGUGAAUUUAAGUUAAAUAUAAUACUUUCGUUGUAAUUUCAAAAUCAGCGGAAAAGUCUCCGUAUGUUUCGUCAGAUGUGUUCACUGUCACUGUGCUUUGAUAUUAUCGGGCAUGUGUUAGUAAGUUCUUCUGCUUUAUUGGACAGAUAACUAGUUAGCUUUACAGAGCCACGGCUGUCGCAUUUUAACCCAUUCUGCACAACCGCUAACGCAUCCCGGCGCUCCCAGUCCGCCAGCCAGCUUACGCCCUCUUCCGUUAGAGGUGUGGCCGCCGAGCUCUACAGAUGUCGCUGUUCGCCCUCUCGGAGGCCGGCGGAGAGUCCGGGAGGGGAGCGACAGCCGGCGGCUUCAGUCAUGGCAGCACACUCCCUGGGAAGCGGCAAAACAGCGCACAACGACGUGAGCCAGCGGCGGAGGAAGGGGCCCGGGGCGCUGGCUACGGUCUACUUGGUCAUUUAUAAUGUGAUUAUGACUGCUGGGUGGCUCGUCAUCGCAGUGGGUCUGGUACGGGCAUAUUUGGCCAAAGGCAGCUACCAUGGCCUAUACUACUCCAUAGAGAAGCCCCUGAAGUUCUUUCAAACUGGUGCAAUCCUGGAGAUAUUACAUUGCGGUGUGGGAAUCGUUCCCUCCUCCGUGGUCCUGACGGGCUUCCAGGUGAUGUCUCGCGUGUUCCUCACCUGGGCGGUGACACACAGCGUGAGGGAGGUUCAGAACGAAGACAGCGUGCUGCUGUUUGUUGUGGCCUGGACCGUAACGGAGAUCAUUCGCUACUCCUUCUACACGUUCAGCCUUCUCAACCAUCUGCCCUAUCUCAUUAAGUGGGCGAGGUACACCCUCUUCAUCAUGCUGUACCCCAUGGGGGUGGCGGGAGAGCUGCUGACUAUUUACGCUGCCCUGCCCUUCGUCCAGAAGACUGGCCUCUAUUCUGUCACUUUGCCAAACAAGUACAACUUCUCCUUUGACUACUACACCUUCCUUAUCCUCACCAUGAUCUCCUACAUUCCCAUUUUCCCUCAGCUCUAUUUCCACAUGCUGCGGCAGAGAAAGAAGGUGCUGGGCCACACAGAGGGGUCCAGCAAGGAGGAGUAGCCCACCCCCAUUGGCCCAAUCCCAUGAUGGAGGACAAGCUUGUGAAUGUCAGCCAGGCCAAUAAAAAGCCUUCUCACCAAGGAGAUCCCGCCUCCUCACCCAAGCGAUCACCAAUUUUACUACAUAAAUUUUCCAAAUAGUCAAUGUGUUUGUAGUAAAUUUAUCAUAAAUCUGCCUUUUCCAAAAAGUGAAUGCAGACACCAUGGUGUCCUAAUGCUAACCGUGUAGAAUAUUAAACCAAUGACACCGACCGUCAUUUUGACUCUCUGGGUGAUGAGUUGAUUGAGUUAACUGCUCUCAGGACACCUGAUUAAAAGCAACAUUCCUCUGUUCUACAUACUGUGUUAAAAAAAUUAAAAAAAAUUAACCUGAAUUGCUCAUGGGCAGUGAGUGAAUGCAUUGAAACUGUGACCUGCACGUGUCAUUCCCUCUGAAUCCCAUUGGGCUUCUACUUGUUUUUUCAUUCUCUAAAACACUGUAAACCAUUGUAUGGGUAAACAUCCCCUUCAAAUUAGAUGCUGAAUAACAUGAUUGCUGUAGGCAUGUGGAUUAUUUUGUGCAUAGUCGCAUUGUUUCGUUUUGUUUGUAGUUGGAAUGUCAGUAAUGGUGUGCAUACUGGUUGGAUAAUGUCAGUUUCAGAGUUGGUUUGGUCGGUUAUGUCUGACAUGUAGAAGUCAGAAUUUUACCAUGCAUACAGAAAAUCUGUGUGAUGAAUUUGAUUCAUUUUUAAAUGAAUAUAACUGAUUCGUAAUCUUGUCCACUAUUCUUUUCAAACACUAGACAUGUCUGGAAUGUCAUUUACUUGGCAUACCACAUUGAUAAGCUCAGAGUUGCGUUCUGCUGCUGACUUGACGGGGCCCGGGUCAUCCUCAGUGGGCGGAGCCGACUAGGGAUGUCGCUCAAGCAGAACCGGCUGCAUCUGUCUGCCUUUGCUGUGCCGUCCUGCGGCCAGUGCACUACAUCUAUGUAUCAAAAGUAAUUUGUUAGCAUCUUGAUUAUUCUGACAUCCUGCAAGCUGUUAAAUACUCCUUUCAUAUGAGCUUUUACAAAGUCUUUUUAUGAUUUUUACAUUUCUGGAAUGAGUUUCUUGUUUGUAAUACUGAUAAUGUGCUUCUUUUUCACUUAAAAAAAAGUUCUCUCUGGUAGACCCUGGCUACUAGUGUCCUUUCCCGGCCAGCUCCCAGUUCUGCAGUUUGAAAGAUGGUGAUUUCCCAGUGCAUAACGCUGCCACCCACGUCCUCCCCCAACUCUGCUCCUCUCUCAGAGACCGCCAUGCAUACACGACGAUCAGCAUGGGCAUGGAUUGCGACCAAAACGGGAAUGCAUUUAAAAACGGCAGUACAGUUCCAUGUAAUGCUGCAUGCAGAUGAAAACAGACCCUUUUGCCCUCUGCUUCCCUGUGUGACAUUAGCUGGAAAACCUGAAUGUAAAACAAUAUUGGGCUUUUCAGUCCAGUUUUGCAUGGGACCAUUUCCUUAAGAACAUGUGACUAUACUUUGUAUAAUAUAUCAAGUAAUACAACCAAUAUAUAUUUCCAAUAAACGCUGAACAUGGGAAUAAAAGUGCUUUUUCAUAUUA